UUCACAAUGCUGUGGAGACGGGGGUAGAACAGAGUUGAGUAGGUUGAAGGCAGUAAAAAAAAAAAACAUAACAGGUGUGAGGAAUUCAGGGGUUUCCAACAUGGCAUCAUGCGAUACCCUGUACAUCGAAACGGACGGCUCAGAGAUGCCAGCUGAGAUAGUGGAACUCCAUGAAAUCGAAGUGGAGACCAUAGAGACAACAGUUGUUGGAGAGGACGACGAUGAACAGCCCAUGAUCGCUUUACAGCCCCUUGACUCAGAUGAUCCACACUCAAUGCAUCACCAUCAUCAGGAGGUAAUAUUGGUACAAACAAGAGAAGAGGUGGUUGGUGAAGAUGAUUCGGACAUGCACGGAGACGAUGAUUACGAGGACCAGAUUCUUAUACCUGUCCCAGUCCCUGCCGCCGAAGAGGAAUAUAUCGAACAAACUCUAGUGACUGUCGCCGGGAAGAGUUCGGGGCGAAUGAAGAAGGGGGUAAGCGUGAAGAGAAAUAAAAAGAGUUAUUUGGGUGCACCGGAGGCCAGUGGUAGAAAAUGGGAACAGAAACAAGUACAGAUAAAGACUUUGGAAGGAGAGUUUUCGGUGACCAUGUGGGCAUCGGAUGACAAGAAGGAAAUUGACCAUGACACUAUGGUGGAGGAGCAUGUCAUCGGGGAGAGUUCCCCUCCCGAUUACUCCGAGUACAUGACAGGGAAGAAGCUCCCGCCUGGAGGCAUCCCAGGGAUUGACCUGUCAGACCCCAAACAGCUGGCAGAGUUCGCCAGGAUGAAGCCACGGAAAAUAAAGGAGGACGACUCUCCCAGGACGAUAGCCUGCCCCCACAAAGGGUGCACUAAAAUGUUCAGGGAUAACUCGGCGAUGAGGAAGCAUUUGCACACCCACGGACCGCGUGUUCACGUCUGCGCUGAAUGUGGAAAGGCCUUUGUUGAAAGCUCUAAACUGAAGAGGCAUCAACUUGUUCAUACUGGAGAGAAGCCUUUCCAGUGCACGUUUGAGGGCUGCGGUAAGCGGUUCUCUUUGGACUUUAACUUACGCACGCACGUGCGGAUUCACACUGGAGACCGACCCUACGUCUGUCCAUUCGACGGCUGCAACAAGAAGUUUGCCCAAUCUACCAACCUCAAGUCUCACAUCCUCACACAUGCGAAAGCUAAAAACAAUCAGUGAACCAACCAACCACUGUGAGGAUACGCGCCCCCCCCCCAUAUCUUCGCCUAAUGUACAGAGAAGAAAACAACAAACUCUAAUGAUGCUUAACACCAACCCUGCCACCUUGGCACGCUCUUGAAAGAAAAGCAUAACGUUUCUUCUUGUGAAGAUAGGAAGUUCUUGGACCUGCAACCGAUAAGACAAGUUAUUUAUAAUGCAGCGCCCAAAGAGAAGGAAUUGACAUUUUUAAAGUUAAUGUUCUCCAUCAGCAUAGCAAAAUAAUUGCUUUUAAAUUUUGUACCUUUUUUUAAGUGUGCAUAUUGUACACUUUCUCUGGCUUAGUGGUAUUAUGCAUGGUUGUUUUCCCUGAGGAUUGAAAUCUAUGAUGGCUCUUGGAGGAGAAUUUGCAAUUUAUUGUACUUCCUUGCUUCCCCCCCCCCCUGUAAAAUGUUUAUUUGGAUGGGUAGGGGUGUUCUUUACAGAUUUUCAUUUUGUGUAAUUGUAACGUACACAUAUAUUGGAAUCAUGUAAAUAAUGGCGAUGUGAUUUUAAGUAGUGGUUUUCUUUUAUCCCUGCACUGCCAGAGAGCAAAAACAUGUCAUAUCCAUCAAAUCCUUUCUGUUUAGUUCAACACACAAUACAACCAGAACUGGUGAAACAGUUGCAUUAUUGAAAUAUUUUUUACAGGCACAAUGAACUUUCGCUAAUAUUGACCUACCCAAUAAGCGGCCAAUAAAAACCUGUCCAUUAGCAAGCAAUUAUUUGUUUGUUUCAGACAA